AUGAAUUUAAUCCCUAACGAGCGUCGAGCUAUAGAGCAGCUAAGAGAGGUCAGUGAAUUAGAACCAACCCUUUUGAAUUGGGGGAAAGAAUUACUUAACUUCAACAAGAUAAGGAAUAGGAAACGAAAGUCAACAACAAGAGAUAGUGAACAUAGAUAACGUUUACCUUCAUUGAAUAAGGUUCCUUUAAAAAUGCCUCUUCAAGAAAUAUAACUAAAUCAAGAACACUCAACUGCUAUAUAUUUGUAAUUACCUCCCUUAACAAAACCAAUAAAGCCUCAAACUGCUAAACCUAAUUAUAAUGGUAUUGUUCUUGGUGUAAACUUUGCUCAUUUUGAAAGACGUAUAUUAAGAAAAAUGAACUAAUCAUGA